GGCCAUAAUCCAGUAAAAUUAUAAAUUCCAAAGUGUCUUUUUAACAUUGACUCUUGAUCUCGCAAUUUUUUUUUUAAGCAAAAAAACAUAAUUAAUACGAUAUUGUGAAAUGGCUUAAUGGCUGACGCGACCAUGAAGUUGAAUUCAAAAUAUAGUGACGAUUCUCUCUCGUCCCUGAACGACUUGGACCGAUCGAACGGAUCGCUAAACCGGUCUUACAACGAUCUCGAUGACCAGGAAAACGGUAUCUACGUCGUCGUGAGGGUUCGGCCAUUGAACGCUAAAGAAAACAAGGCAGCAGAACCGUUGUCGGUAACGUUUCCAGGAGGCGGACGCAUUUUGGUCGAAGGAUCUCAAUCAAUUGGCGGAUCUAAUGGACCUAAAUCCAAGCUUUACUCGUUCAAUGUGGUUUUCGAACCAGCGUCCACUCAAGAAGACGUCUUCCAGUAUUCGGGCAUUAAGAAGCUUAUUGAAAUGGCUGCCGAGGGUUUUAACACAACGUGCUUUUGUUACGGACAAACCGGCAGUGGCAAAACUCACUCGCUCACGGGACCGCCAGGAAUGUUUUUCAACAAACGGAUUGAGCCGUUCUCCAAGGAUCACGGUCUUGUGUUUCGUUCGUUCAUGUACCUUUUUCGAUUGUUGCAACAGCGGCAAGACCAUCAUUUCGUCCUUAAGGCGUCUUUUUUAGAAAUAUACAAUGAAAAAGUGAUCGAUUUGCUAAACCCGGGAACGGUCAGGAAGUCUUUGGACGUAAGAUGGUCAAGAAAAUCUCGCAACUUUUACGUCGACAACUUGUUCAUGGUGGAUUGUGAAGAAUUAGACGAUCUACAAGCUGUUUUAGAAGAGGGUAUGAAGAACAGGUCGGUGGGCAGUCAUAACAUGAAUGAAUGCUCUAGUAGAAGUCAUACAAUGUUAACUGUGUACAUUACAUCUGAACAGCAAAUAUCCGAAGAUGGAGUUUUCAUCACGAAACAAGGGAAAAUUAAUUUUGUCGAUUUAGCCGGUAGCGAAAUGACUAAGAAGACCAUGAGCGAGGGAAAAACACUAGAAGAGGCCAACAACAUUAAUAAGAGCCUUAUGGUUUUAGGUUACUGCAUAGCGUCUCUGAGCGAUCCGAAAAAACGGAAAGGCCAUAUUCCGUACCGAGACAGCAAACUCACUAAACUCUUGUCAGACAGCCUGGCCGGCACUGGUGUCACGCUAAUGGUAGCAUGUGUAUCGCCGGCCCGUUCGAACACCAGUGAAACAAUAAGCACGUUGAGCUAUGCUGCUCGUGCGAAAAAAAUCAAAACCAAACCAGUGAUAGUAAUGGAUCCCAGAGAGGCGUUGAUCGUCAGCUUGAGACGCGAGAUGGAAGCGCUGCAAAGCGAAAACGAUCAUUUGCGUAAAGCUCUCGACAUCACCAAAGCGUCGUCGUCAAGAAUCACCGCUGUGAAAAUGCCGCCCAACAUGGACAUGGACCGGCUGAUACAGAUGGACCCCAAAGAACUGGUAGACCUCGUCAAACACUACGCCAACGAAAACGAGGCCCUGCGCCGGGAAAACGCGGAGCUGUUCAAUUCCAGAGACAUUUUGCAGAGGGACCACGAGGUGGUGUGCCGGGAGAACGAACGGCUGCUGAAGAAACUCGAAGAUGUCAACUCGGCGUGCAUAAGAUCUCCGAUAAUUCCAUCACGUGGACAGUACGUGGACAAGGGGGAAAUAAACCACACGAGAAGUCCUCGGCGAACGGGGGUUAAAACGUCAGAACGGGAAAAGAGGGAUUUACCUGCGGCUUUCAAGAAAGAAAUCGAAAAAAAAGGCAUAGGGAAAAAGAUAAGUAAUCUCGUCGGCUCCCUAAAGAACCGAGGAAGGAUGUCGACAGGAAGUAAACCCACGCCCAAACCGUCUUCGGUUGCAAGAUUGCCGGCGAACAAACAGGUGUUGGGCGGUUACAAACUCAACGACAGCCUGAACUCGGCCGCGUCCACGUUGGCGUCUAUUGUUAGCAGACAGGCGUUCGACAUUCCCCUGGGCGCCAGUGCCACGAGCAAUUUCGACGGCCGUCGGUCCAGCCAGUUCAGCCUGCCCAACAUCGCCGACAAGCACGGCCGCGAUUCCGUCGACAGCGACGACCUGCAGCUGGGACGCAUACGGCGGAACAGCAGUGCCGAAGGCGGCAACGACCCGUUCGGCAGUCCGGUGUCUCCUCAUUUGUACAACUUCAAGCACGGCAACGCACGGACUUACAUAAAAGCGGGCGCCGCAAGUCCUGGCUAAAUAAUUUUGUCCUAGUCCCGUUGUCCCGCCAGUACCACACGACCCAUCGAAUCGUUACCAGCCAAACCAAAUCGCCCAACCAACGUUAUUACACGUUUAUAUGCAGUCGUCAA